GCAGUUCGCAACCCGCACGGAAGACGCAUCUUACACGAACGCGACUAGACGAACGUAAACAAAACACUCGAACGGAGGUGCUGCUCGGCCAGUGCUAAAGGGCCGGCUGAAAAAAUCAACUGGUGAUAGUUGCAAGAAAUUCCUUCAACAUGUGGCCAUUGGUGAUGAACGUGCUGAGGGCAUAUGCUCCUUACAUCACUUUGCCCGCUGCAGCUGUCAUAGGGUUUGUGGGGUACAACAUAGAGAAGCAGUUCCGCACCCCUCCACCCAACCGCCCGUCUGUUGAAGAGCAGCGGAACGAGAGACUUUUGAAGGAGAUCUUGGAAACCAAGGAAGCAACACCUGCACCUCUCAGCGAAAAGACCUUUGUUCCAAAGACGAUAUUUGAGAAAAAUUUGUCACCUUCCUUAGUGAAAGAGGAAUGAGGCUAUGACUUGUGUAGGCUGAAUAUGUGAAUAAUUGAUAUCUCUCAAUAUCGCUAUUGUAUUUAUUUUGUGGGGAGGGAAUGUCAGUGGAAGGAGCCAUAUUCUGGACUGUUUGCUUUAACUUUUUAAAUUCAGGACCCCAACUCACUUUUACUAUUCAAUAUGGUCAGGGGAAGAUAAAGAAAGAGAAAUGGAGAUGUUCUUAUAAGUUGAACUUGAAGAAAGUUCACCCAGUAUAACAAAUUCCACUUUCUCUUAAUGGAUGCAGGUAUUAGCUUAAGGAGUGGGUCAUGAAAGUAUGUACAGACUCAGCAAUACAUCAACAUUCUGUUACUGUUCUAUAAUAUAUUUUGAAUAAUCCAAUUGCUAUAUAUUUGUCCUAGAUGCCCUUCCAUGUAUGAAUGGAGUCACCUUUCAAAAGCUAUGGUGCAGAUAGAGAGAGAGAGAGAGGAUGGGGAAAAAUUGAUUAUGUGCACAUAGAAAUGAUAACUUUAAAAGGCAUAGUUAUUCAUGUUUACUCAGAUGUCGUAAUAAACUUUAUUCAUAGAGAAAGUACUAGGCAUACAAAAUAAUAUUUGAACUUAUUGUUACUAUAUUAUGAGAACGAACUGAAUAUUCAGUAUAUAUUUUAACCCAUUCUGUUGGAAGUAAUCAUAAGCUACAACACACUGUGCUGAACAAUUAAUAUCAAGCAAGUAAUGUGUAAAUUUUCUUUUAAACCAUCCAAUAUAAUAAUUUCCACAUUUUCUUCUAGAUUAUCAGCUAAAUGAUUCAAACGUUUUCCUUUGAAGUCUAAACAAGUUCAUAAUUUUGCACCAAGCGAAAGCUCCUUUGUCACCCGGCCGUUUUGAUUGGAAUUCCAAGAGUAAAAAUGAGCUUUGGUCCUUGAUUGUUUCUCUCUGUUAUUCUUUUCUUACACUGAUUCCUUUUUAUGCUCAUUUUCCGAUGUGCUCUUCUUGUUACUCUUAUCCGUCUUCUUCUGUUUUUCUUCCCAUUAUUUGUCUUCUUCCUUUUGUUAUUAUUAUUAUUAUUAUUAUUAUUAUUAUUAUUAUUAUUAUUAUUAUUAUUGUUGUUGUUAUUGUUAUUGUUUUUUUUUGUUAUCACUGCUAUUUUUAUUAGAAGUAGCACUAUGAAUAUAUUUAUCAUUAUUAUCAUUAUUUUUGGGUUAUACUUUAGAUGCUAAACUCUUUAUAAAAUGUCACAUUGAAAUAAUUUAUAAUAAUAGAGCAGGUUAAAUGUCUAAUUGUAUAUCUUAUGUCUUCUAUUGGAUAAGCAUACAUAAGAUAUGAGAAUUGUAAAGCUGUAUUGAUGAGAGAAAGAGUAAUAAAUAAAUAAUAAAUAAAGGUGUGAUAGAGGUGCUAAUUUUUUAUUAUUAAAAUAUUUUGGAAUUCUUAUGGGAAAGUGCUACUUUGAAGAGUGAAUGUCUCUGUCGUGCAUGGUUUUAUAGAAUCUAUUUUAAGGAUACUGUAAAUAUUCAAUUAGGUGAAAAAACUUUCUGUUUAAAGAAAGGAAUGAUUAACAUGUAAAUAUAAAGAGUUUUAAAAAUUA